AUGGGCUGUGCAUCGUCAAAGCAGUUCAAACGAGCUCCACGGCAUGGGGAUGCUGCUCUUCUGGCCAAAGAGACCACAUUUUCUUUGGAUGAAGUGAAGGCCCUCUACGAGUUGUUUGAAAAGAUUAGCUAUUCUAUAUUCAAGGAUGGGCUCAUUCACAAGGAGGAGUUCCAACUUGCUCUCUUUAGGAACAGCAAUCGGAAAAACCUUUUCGCCGAUCGGAUAUUUGAUCUGUUUGAUAUGAAGCGAAAUGGUGUGAUCGAAUUUGACGAGUUUGUUCGGUCCCUCCAAUUUUUUCACCCGGAUACACCCAUGGCAGACAAGAUUGCAUUUGCAUUCAGACUAUAUGACCUGCGAGGCACCGGCAGCAUUGAACGUGAAGAGUUGAAGGAGAUGGUGCUUGCAAUCCUGAAUGAGUCAGACCUACUUCUUUCUGACGACGCUGUCGAACAGAUGGUUGAUCAGACAUUCAAAGAGGCAGACCUGAACGGCGACGGGAGGAUAGAUCCCGACGAGUGGAAAGCAUUCACAAGCAUGAAUCCAGCCUUGCUGAAGUACAUGACUCUCCCAUACCUAAAGGACAUGACCAUGUCGUCGUUCCCCAGCUUUGUUCUCUACUCUGUAACUGGCGAUGAAGAGUUGUACUAG